GAUUUCCAGGUGGUGGUUCUAGCCGGCGGCACUUCGAAGAAUCCAGUUCCUCUCGCCUCCACAGUCUUCCUCCGACUCUUCCUUUUUCAUGAUUUUUGGUUCAAAUCCAUUCUAUAAUCAUUGCUGAUUCUUCUUUUGCACUUGGAAUACAGGAGGUGCCCAAAGCGCUGCUUCCGGUGGCGAACCGUCCCGUUAUCUCUUACGUUUUGGAGCAUCUGGAGCAAAAAACGUCAAGGAUCUGAUUGUUGUGGUAGAGGGCAAAGAUGCGGCACUCCAUGUUGGUGGUUGGAUGUCUGGGGCUUUUGUUGAUCGUCUACAUGUUGAGGUUGUAAGUGGUGAUCUUGUUUCUGAUGUACCUCUUGGUGCAGUUGUGGCUUCCCAUAGAGGUCAUGGUGCAGCGGUGAUUGCAGUGCUUUGCUCUGCUCCUGUGAGUGGAUCUUUGGAAUCAGGAUCUGGUGGUGGAAAGGACAAAAUCAAGAAACCUGGAUGAUAUGACAUCAUUGGCCUUGACACAACUAAACAAUUUUUGUUAUACAUUGCAACUGGAGGUGAAAUUGAGAAAGAUACACGAAUUCAGAAGACCAUGCCAUGCACAAUUGACCAGGUGGAAAUUAGAUCUGAUCUUAUGGAUGCUCAUAUGUAUGCAUUCAAAAGUUUUGCCUUUUGCUCUUGUUGCUCCUACAAAUUCAGUGUGCCUUUCUUUUACUGAAUCCUCAUAUCUCUCCAGAUCUGUUUUGCAAGAAGUUCUUGAUCAAAAGGAUACAUUUCAAAGUUAAAACAGGAUGUACUUCCAUAUCUUGUUCAGAGCCAUCUGGUUAGUCGAAUACAAGGAUGUUUAUUGUACAAUUUCCUUAGAUCUCUAACUUAGUCUUUUUAUGAUUGUUUCUUGAGCAUCAGAAAUCAGAGGCUUCACUAAAAUAUGCACCACUUGUGGAAGAAAAUGGAAACCAGAAGAUCAAUACUCAGAAUAACCAAGCAACUCUGUCUCAGAUAAUUGCUAAUGCAUCUACCCCAAGCUUUUAUAAACUCUAUGAAUUGGGUUCUAAUGGUUCUGCUCCUAUUUGGAAAAAAAAUAAAUGCUGUGCUUAUAUUGCUGGCGAUAGCAAGUACUGUGUGUGAUUGAAUUCCAUUCAAGCAUUCAUGGACAUCAAUCGAGAUGUGAGUUUAUGUGUUUCUUAUUUGGGCCUGCUUAUCUCAAACUACCAAGUUUUUCUUGUUAUUGCAGUUUUUGUUCCAUUGAGUUGAGCUUAUUCUUUUAAUAUUUCAGAUCAUUGGUGAGGCAAAUCAUCUGUCAGGGCAUUCUUUCUCUGCCCAUGAUAAUAUCAUACAUCCUUUGGCAGAGCUUGGAUCAAAAACUACUGAAGAGAAACUUUACGCUAGGUGGCCCUUUGCGGUAGGUCCUAGAGUAUGCCUAUUGUUAACUGCUGCGGUGAGUAGAAUGGGCAAGAAAGACUUCGCGAUGUCAGAUGAGUGUGCCACUUAGCUCCCAUUUUUUCAGAUGAAUUUGCUUGUAUUUGAUUAUUAUUAAUUUUUUUUUAUACUAGAAAUUGAAUCUUAAAUUAGUGAUUAAAAGUAUAACUAACUC